CCAACCCUUCCUUACGUACCAGACGGCGGUCUACGUGCUUGGAUGAAUUGUGCAGCAGCUGCGGUUUCAUUUAUGUGUUCUUUCGGAAUCGUGAACGCAUAUGGAGUUUUUCAAGAUUAUUAUAAAAAUGUUCGACUUUCAGGUGAAAAUGAAUCAAUUGUAGCAUUGAUUGGUGCAAUUCAACUUUUUAUUUUGUAUGGUACCGCUCCGAUCGUUGGUAAAAUCUUUGAUAGUUUUGGCACGCAAAUCGUUUAUCCUGUCGGAAGCUUUUUAAUCGUUUUUGGCUUGAUGAUGGUUUCGCUUGCUAAACCUGAUCAAACUUAUCAAUACUUCUUAGCACAAGCUGUUACGUUUGGAUUAGGAUGUGCUUUGAUCUUUACGCCCGGCUUGGCUUUGAUGGGUCAUUAUUUCAGACGGAAACGUGCUCUCGCAAUCGGUUUCGUAGCAGCAGGAUCGAGUAUCGGUGGUGUAAUCUUUCCAAUCGCUCUGCAACGUCUUAUUCCACGUAUCGGAUUCGGAUGGGCAGUCAGAGUGAUGGCUUUCAUUGCUUUAGGCUGCUUGACGUUUUCCUGCAUAGUUGCAAGAACAUAUUUACCACUUCGAAAGACGACAACUCGGGAAGUCUUACGUGCAAUCGAUUUUGGAGGUUUCAAAGAUUUACGGUAUAUACUCGCAAGUUUAAGCGCUUUCGUUACAUUUUAUGCAAUCUUUAUUCCUUAUUUUUAUAUCAAACAAUAUGGACAAUUACGUGGAAUGUCUGUUGAAUUAUCAAAUUAUCUUUUACCUCUAAUCAACGCUUUAGGUGUUCCAUCAAGAAUUGCUCCCGGUUUAUUGGCACCUAAAUUCGGUGUCUUGAACUUGAUGAUCUUUUUCACAACAAUUGCAGGCAUUCUAAUCUUGGCUUUAUGGUUACCUUCCUCGAAUAAUAUCGCAAUCAUUUGGUUUGCCGCUCUUUAUGGUUUGUUUUCUGGACCAUACAUCUCCCUUUUACCGGCUUACAUUGGAAUCAUCACACCUCAACCCGUUUAUGGUGCCAGAUUGGGUGCUCUUUAUUUGGUCGUCGCUGUGGCCUGUUUAGUAGGCACGCCAACAGGUGGUGCUUUGGUCGGCUCGAAAGGUGAUUUGGAACAUUACCGCCAUUUGAUUGGCUUCAGUGGUGCUUUGGUCCUUUCCGGAUCAUUGAUCCUCGUCUUA